AUGGUGCACUGUGCCGGCUGCAAAAGGCCCAUCCUGGACCGCUUCCUCUUGAAUGUGCUGGACAGGGCCUGGCAUGUCAAGUGCGUCCAGUGCUGUGAAUGUAAAUGCAACCUGACGGAGAAGUGCUUCUCCCGGGAAGGCAAGCUCUACUGCAAGAACGACUUUUUCCGAUGUUUCGGUACCAAAUGCGCGGGCUGCGCACAGGGCAUCUCCCCUAGUGACCUGGUGCGGAGAGCGCGGAGCAAAGUGUUUCACCUAAACUGCUUCACCUGCAUGAUGUGUAACAAGCAGCUGUCCACCGGCGAGGAGCUCUAUAUCAUCGACGAGAACAAGUUUGUCUGCAAAGAGGAUUACCUAAGCAACAGCAGUGUCGCCAAAGAGAACAGCCUCCACUCAGCCACCACAGGCAGUGACCCCAGUUUGUCUCCAGACUCCCAAGACCCGUCACAGGAUGAUGCCAAGGACUCAGAGAGUGCCAACGUAUCAGACAAGGAAGGGGGCAGCAAUGAGAAUGACGACCAGAACCUGGGUGCCAAGCGGCGGGGGCCCCGCACCACCAUCAAGGCGAAGCAGCUGGAAACUCUGAAGGCGGCCUUCGCUGCUACUCCCAAGCCCACGCGCCAUAUCCGGGAGCAGCUGGCUCAGGAGACUGGCCUCAACAUGCGUGUCAUCCAGGUCUGGUUCCAGAACAGACGCUCUAAGGAACGGAGGAUGAAGCAGCUGAGCGCGCUGGGAGCCCGGCGCCACGCCUUCUUCCGCAGUCCGCGCCGGAUGCGGCCGCUCGUGGACCGCCUGGAGCCGGGCGAACUCAUUCCCAACGGGCCCUUCUCCUUCUACGGAGAUUACCAGAGCGAGUACUACGGGCCCGGGGGCAACUAUGACUUCUUCCCGCAAGGCCCCCCGUCCUCGCAGGCUCAGACGCCGGUGGACCUGCCCUUCGUGCCGUCGUCCGGGCCCUCCGGGACACCCCUGGGCGGCCUGGAGCACCCGCUGCCGGGCCACCACCCGUCGAGCGAGGCGCAGCGGUUCACCGACAUCCUGGCGCACCCUCCCGGGGACUCGCCCAGCCCCGAGCCCAGCCUGCCCGGGCCUCUACACUCAAUGUCGGCCGAGGUCUUCGGGCCCAGCCCGCCCUUCUCAUCGCUGUCGGUCAACGGCGGGGCGAGCUACGGGAACCACCUGUCUCACCCGCCCGAAAUGAACGAGGCGGCCGUGUGGUAGCGGGGUCUCGCACGGUCCGCGGAGUUCGUGGUUGUACAGAAACGAACCUUUAUUUAAGAAAAAUAG